CGUGUUUGAUAAUUGUCUGGUCAUGUUUUAGAUCACAUCGUCCAGACAGUGCUGUGUUCGUAUCAAAUUAUAUCUAAACGCCGACCGCCCGCGUUGUGUCAGCGUCACGCACUGCUCCAGUCACCUGCUGCAUAGCUGCUAUUAGUUCGAUCCUCGCACCACUUGUGUACAAGCUAAUAACAUACCAGUUCAUAUUGCACGUGAGCAUUCGUACCGGAUUGUUUUCCUUGUUGGAUACAUUAUCAAUGCAGUGCAUAAAUGUUUCAAUUAUGUGCACAAUAAUCGUAGUAGUGAAGUUUUAAAAUAACCAGGUAAAAUGUAAUCAUUUCAUGUUAGUUUCUGUAUUUAUUAGCUGUCGCAAUGAUUUCUACCGAAUUAACGUUACAAACUUGACAUUUGCUUUUAUAAAAAUGUUACUUUUAACAUGUACUGGUGUAAAUAAUAUUCCAUAUAUCGUUGCAGUAAGGAGGCAUCCAUUAAAUAUGUUGUGGGCGGUGAUGGUUGCGUCGCUCGCGAACAAUGCGCUGUGCACCCGGGAGCCGCGGCCGGGCAUGGUGACCAGCGGACCUCCUCCCCCGCACUACCCGCAGUGCCGGCCGCCGCCUGCCGCCUGCACGCCGCUGUACGGGAACAACAACGAUACCGAUGCCGAUACCUUCUACAAAUAUAAUGUUAAUGGGAACAUCUUCACUAUAUCGUACAAUAAUAUAAAUAAGGAACUCGACCUUACAUGCCCGCUGAUAUUGAGCCAAGAGAAGUUGGACGACUCGCUGCCGAGCUUCCGUCGCGUCGUCGUCAUACCAGCCGUGUAUAUUGACAGCUGUGAGAGAGCUGAUACUUCAUAUGUUGCACUGCUCGCAAGCCUGAACGUUACCGGUUACAGAAAACUGACCUUGCACAUCUCUCAACGGCCGGUUUCACCUUUGAACUCCUUAAAAUUUGUAGGCCUCAACUUAACCUACCUUUACAUUAGGGGUUCCCUUAAUGAGAUAACAUACCUCUCGGAUGACUUCCUCGAGCCACUCAAAAAUUUAACUAAAUUACAUUUGAUAAGAAACCUGUCAGUGCCACCGCUACCUCCUUCAAACCGGCUAGAGACUGUGAUUACUUUUGACGGAAUAUCUCGCGAUGUGUGGGGUGGAUGCGAGCAGUUGCUCGUUCUGAAUACAUCGUCAUGGGGGUGGAACACGAGCACGGGCUCGCCGCCGCCGGGUUGGCUCUCUGAUUGUCCAAAGCUUAUAGAGCUACGGCUUCGAAGUCCAAAGUUAGGACCACGACCAGAGGAAGCAUUAGCCAAAGCCCUGGUCGGUCUAAAAGCACUAGAGGUACUGGAAAUAUCCAGAAGCCACAUAGAGAGUCUACCUUCUGAUUUCUUUAUUAACUCGACUAACUUGACUAGUCUCGAUCUCUCUGUGAAUCGACUGAUAUACUUGCCGAGCACGUUACUGCAACCUGCUGCGACGAAGCUAACAACGCUGCUGCUGUACAGCAACCUACAGCUGCCCGACCUCUGUGAUUACGACCACCAUGACGACGGCGACGACAGCGACAUCCUAAGCGAUGUGUUUGCCGCGACUUCGGUGCUGCGGCUACCAGUGCUGCAGCAGCUCUCGCUGUCGGCAACUAACGCCACCCGGAUAUGUCCGAGUUGGUCCCGCGACCUACCUGCACUCACUCGGCUCGAACUUACUGGCAACAGCAUUCAUAAACUACGGUUUGAGGACAUAAAAUGGUUGGGUGCGCGUUAUUCGGAGCUUCACUUGACUGGCAAUAGAUUACAGAGUAUAGACUAUUACAUGGAAGACUAUUUGCAAAUAAUACAAGGGCACUGUACCAAGUUUGGCUUGGCUGUGUAUAUCAGUCGACCACUAGCUUGUGACUGUCACUCGUACUGGUUCGCCCGGACCGUCGCCGAGUGCCCUGACCACCUGACAUGGAGGAGACCACUGCGCUGCAGCAGUGGCGCGAGCGUAGCGGCCGUGCCGCCGGCGUCCAUGGUGUGCCCGCGCUACCCAGACGAGUGCGCGGCCGGCUGCACGUGCUACUGGAGGGAGCGCCCCGACGCCACCAUCGCCAACUGCUCGGACCUCGUCGGUGGCCGCCUGCCGCUCAUUCCACACUUACACGAGCUGAAUGCUGCAGCCAAUCAAAUUGAAUCGCUUGAAAAUUUUCCUGCCACUCUAAUUUAUGCAGAUCUGCAAUACAACAGGCUACAACUCAUAUCACCGGAAGCGGCUGCUACACUAUUUUCUGUACCCCAUCGACGCUUACUCCUAGCUGGCAACCCAAUACUCUGUGACUGCGAAAACAAAGCAUUAAUCGAUAAAUUACAACUGCAUCGGCAACAGGUAGAGGAUUACCAUGAAAUGAAGUGCGUAGAUGGGAGAGUACUAAGCAGCGUCCUCAUUGAGGAUCUAUGCGCGCUAUCCAAAACAUUAGUCCUGGUGUACAGCUUGUCUCCUUUAGCGGUGCUAUUGAUCUUGGCGUUGAUCUCUUUUGGAUAUUUCUCCCGUCACCAACAGCUGAUCAAGAUAUUCUUCUACGCUCAUGGAUGGUGCUUGUGUUUGAUCAGCGAAGGCGACCUCGAUCGCAACAAGAAGUAUGACGCAUUUGUAUCGUACUCACACGUCGACGAACACUUCGUAUUUGAGCACCUGGUGCCGCAAUUAGAAGGCGAGCCGCACAGGUUCAAGCUGUGCAUCGACACCCGAGAUUGGGUUGUCGGUGAGUGGAUACCGGUUCAGGUAGCGCUUUCCGUGGAGGAGUCACGUCGAACCAUUAUUUUACUGUCCUGCAACUUUUUAGAUUCAGUGUGGGGUCGCCUCGAGUUUCGAACAGCACAUAAGAGUGCGAUGCGUGAGAACCGUUCACGUGUCAUAAUCGUGUUGCUCGAAGAUGUUGGAAAUCAUCAAAACUUAGACAAGGAACUGAAGGCUUACCUUUCAACGAACACAUACGUGAAAUGGGGGGACCCUCAUUUUUGGGAGAAGCUGCGAAACGCCCUGCCUCGGCGGAGUAACGAAGCGGAGGCACAUCGCGCUGGUGAGGAAGUUGCAUAUGAAUUGCAGCGCAUGACAGAGCGGCGGCUUCCAGCGAUAACCGCUCCCACUGCCUCAGUAGAUUUCUAGUGCAAAAUUAUAUCAAUCAAAUAUUCGACAAUACGGUAUCAUAACAGAAAAGUAUAAUCAAUCCAAUUAUCAAUCAGUAUUAUUGUUUGCUAGCCUUUUGCCCGCUUCUUCGUACGCGUGGAUUUCAGUAAUAGGAAAACCAAUGAAAUGGCCCCUAGAUGGCGUAUCAAGAUAAAACAUAUAACAAAUUUUAAGUUAAAUCUUCCUGCACACAAUUAUAAAAA